UAUAAUCGGGAGUUGGAGAUGUUAAAAGCCGAGGCCAUGUACUUCAGUUAUUCUUCAUAAACAGUGUCUUGGCGCAUGAAUCUCAAUAUACAGGCACCCGGAUAUUUCUCAGUCCAGAAUCUUGUCUUUCUUGCGAACCUUGCCCAGCGUUCUGUGAGAAUGGCCGUUCCCAAUACCACCAAAGCACUCUUCAUCGAUUCAGAGAACAAUCCCAAAGUCAUCGAACGGCAAGGCCUCCCGGAACCAAGCAGCGGCGAACUGCUCAUUAAAGUCCUAUACUCAGGCGUUAAUCCCGCCGAUAUCAAACAUGCAACGUUCCUAGGAAUGAACAAUACCGUCAUGGGCCAUGACUUUAGCGGUCAAGUCCUAGAAACAACAAAGCCCAACUCUGUGUAUAAGCCUGGAGAUAUUGUAGCGGGAUACACGCCCGCAGGUCUUCAUCAACCUGUUCACUACGGAGCUCAUCAAGCUUACAUCACAUGCCCAGAGGACAUGCUGUUCAAAGUCCCCGAUAAUCUUCCUUUGCCCGACGCAGCGAGUUUGACUGUUGUUGCCAUGACAGCCGCUGAUGCGGUGUACAACCUUUUCAAAUUCCCCCUCCCGACGGAGAACGAAACACUGGCCUACAAUGCCCCGUUUCUGCUUUGGGGAGCGACAGGUUCCGUUGGGUACUGCGCCCUACAGUUCGCCAUCGCAAGUGGCGUGUCUCCCAUUCUUGUGGCUGCAAACCCGGCGCAAUUCGAGCACCUACGCUCUCUCGGAGUCGAACACCUAUUCAACUACAAGGACGAGAAUUUCCACGAGUCGAUCGCCAAAACUCUGCGAGGCUUGGGCUUUGAUAAGUUCUUAUACGCAUUCGAUGCAGCAGGGGCUCCCGAUUCAGGCGAUCAGGUGCUAAAGGCUGUAGCAGACGACACCUUCAUCGCUUCGACGGUCUUGAGAGACGAAAAGCGCUUCAAGAUGCCCGUUGGCGCAACCAAUAUCGACUUUGUGAUUCAUCCUCCCGGCGCUCCUCAUCCAAUUUCCAUUCCUGCGCGACCUUUGGACCACGCUAGAGCUUGGGAGGCUUUUAAAUGGGCUAUUGAGAACUAUGGAAAGAAAUUCCGCUUGCCGCCGGUCCGUGUCGUUGACGAUACUGCUGAAGUUGCAUUGGAAGAGAUAAAGCGUUUUGUCAGGCAAGGUGGAAGAUUUUCCAAGCUUUCAAUUAAGCAACCACUAGCAUAAUUAUCUAUAGCCUAAGAUGCACUUUUGAGUUAUGUAUAUCCUAGAAUUGAUCGAUAGAUACCAUCACUUAGGCCCAUACAUGGUUUAUUUCAGUGAUUUAGAUUCUCACCU